UUUUAAGUGCUCCUGCACAAAAUUCUAAGAAGAGAGAGAAUUAUGGCCCCCAUCCUAAUAAAGGAAAACGCCAUGCUCCUCAACCCUAUGAAGCUGACCACCAUGUGAUCUCUGCUACUCUCAAUUCUUCAAUAGAAAUUCCAAAGAAUAAGAGAAGGCAUUUAGUUCCUCCAGCUAAUUUUAAUGGUUUUGAGAUCAACCCAUCUGCCCCACAUGCUCCCAUGCUGACUCCAAAACAUAAGAGAAGUUAUGCUCCUUCACCUUAUAUUGGAGGUGCUAUGAUCAAUCUAGCUCCUUCCCCUUCUCCUGUUGAGAUUUCAAAUAAUAAGACAAAGAAUUAUGCUUCCCCACCUUAUGUGGAAGGCCCAAAGAUCAGUACAGCUCCUUUGCACCCUCCAAUCGAGACUUCAAAGAGGAACAGAAGGCAUCAUGCUCCUUCACCAUCUCCUCAAGGCCCUAAUGCCCCUCCAAUCCAGGCUCCAACUUCAUCAAAUAGUGAAAUAUCUGCUGCUCCUUUGCCAUCAUCAGCCAGUCCCACAAGUUAUAUAACAUGGCAAAUUCAUCCUCCAAAAGCUUCUCCUUCUGCAACUUUUGGAGGCAAGUCGUCGUCCCCACCACUGCAACCUAAACGGUCAUUACCCCCUCCUCCUCCUAAUUCAGACUGUGGCCCUGUUGUAUGCCAAUCACCAUUUACAAAUCCAUGUCCUGGAUCACCUUGUAAGUGUGUAUUACCAAUUAAAGUUGGCCUGCGCCUUGGUGUUGCUUUGUACAUAUUCUUUCCCUUGGUUUCUGAAUUUGCAAAAGAAAUUGCUACUGGAGUUUCUAUGAAGCGAAGUCAUGUACGCAUUAUGGGAGCAAAUUCUGCAAUUGAAGAUCCUGAGAAGACAGAUGUGCUUAUCGAUCUGGUUCCACUUGGAAAAUCCUUUGACAACACAACAGUUUUUAUAACCUUUGAGAAGUUCUGGAAAAACCAAGUUUCAAUACAAGCCUCAUAUUUCGGAGACUAUGUUGUAUUAUAUGUUAGCUAUCCAGGCCUUCCCCCAUCACCACCUACAUCAGCAUAUCUUAAUGGGGAAGCAUAUGCUAGUAACAAUAAUGGAAGAGCGAUUCAUCCUCUUGCAGUUGAUUUAAGAAGGAAAAAGAAAAAUCUGGGUGCCAGCGUGAUAGCUAUUAUUGCUAUGACUUCAUUGAUAGCCUUGGUUUUAAUCUUUGGCGCUGCAUGGCUUCUGUUGUUAAGAAAUAGGGACCUAACAGGUCUGCUUCCACAAAAUUUUCAAUCUUCACAACUUCCAAUUGCAAAAUCAUCAGGCGUUCCUAUGAAUGUUAGAAUUGGACCAAGUUCAACAUCAGCCUCCUUAAGCUCCAGCAUGUCAACAUAUAAUGGCUCAGCCAAGACAUUCACACUGGCUGAUAUGGAAAGAACCACAAACAGAUUUGAUGAUUCAAGAGUUAUUGGAGAAGGUGGUUUUGGUCGAGUAUACCAAGGAACUCUUGAAGAUGGAACAAUGGUGGCUGUAAAGGUUCUCAAGAGAGUUGAUAGGCAAGGUGAGAGAGAAUUCUUGGCUGAAGUUGAGAUGCUUAGCCGUUUGCAUCACAGGAAUUUGGUCAAGUUGAUCGGCAUUUGCACCGACGAAAAUGUACGUUGCCUUGUCUAUGAACUCAUUCCUAAUGGCAGUGUGGAAUCGCAUCUACAUGGUGUUGACAAGGAAACUGCUCCACUUGACUGGAAUGCUCGAGUAAAGAUUGCGCUAGGGGCGGCUCGAGGCCUAGCCUAUCUUCAUGAAGAUUCAAGCCCUUGUGUCAUUCAUCGUGAUUUCAAAUCUAGCAACAUCUUAUUAGAACAUGAUUUUACUCCCAGAGUGUCGGAUUUCGGGCUCGCCAGGUCCGCUUUGGAUGAAGGAAAAGAGCACAUUUCGACGCGAGUAAUGGGAACUUUCGGCUAUGUGGACCCUGAGUAUGCAAUGACUGGGCAUCUUCUUGUCAAGAGUGAUGUGUACAGCUAUGGUGUUGUUCUUCUUGAGCUUCUUACUGGGAGGAAACCUAUUGACAUGUCACAGCCUCCUGGACAUGAGAAUCUGGUUGCUUGGACUCGUUCUCUUCUCACAAACAUUGAAGGAUUGCAAGCAAUUAUCGAUCCAGUUCUUGGUGCUAAUUAUCCUCAGAACAGUGUGGCUAAAGUAUUAGCCAUUGCUUCUAUGUGUGUUCAGCCUGAAGUAUCGCACAGACCAUUAAUGAGUGAGGUAGUUCAGGCAUUAAAAUUAGUGUACAAUGAGAGUGAUGAGUAUAGGCAAUCAGUAAGCUACAGUCAGGAUGAAAUGUCAGUAAGAGAUGUGGAGAGUGGAAUAAGUGUUGAGCUGUGUCAUGGAACAGCUAGAGAGAGAAAUGAAUUAGAUGUAUUCGGUCCAUCUUCGAGCUUUGCAGGAGAUGCUUCUGGUUCAUUUCGACGGUAUUCAAGCUCAGGUCCAUUAAGAACAGGUGGAAGCAGGCUUUUUUGGCAAAGGGUGGGAGGGUUGGGGUCGGGGAGUUCGAGCGAGCAUGGAUUUGUGCGUGGAUUUUGGUUAAGAAGACAUCGAUGGUCUCAAGAGUAGUGUCAGAAUUUAUUCAGCAAAUGAAGGAAUCUGAUAUGAAGUUGAUAUAUUAGAGGAGCUGCUUUUUAUAACAAGUUUGUUCUUACUGAAGCUGAACUUGCAGAAGCUUUGCUUUGGAGGUACAAGGGAUGGAUGGAUGAUUUAGAAGAAAAUUGAUGCACUGCUUUGUUGAGCUUCUAUAUCAUGAAAUCCAUGGUGGCUAAGAUUGGGCAUCUCAGACAAUUAAAAACUGGGAUAUGAGAUUUUGUUCGAGACAAUUUUAUUACUACUUAAAGCAGCUUUUUAGUAAAAAAUUAAGGUUUUUGUAUUAAAAAGUUAUUUUAAGUGGUAAUGAAGCCGUCUCAAAUGAAGCCUUAAUUGAUGAAGCAAAAAAAUUAUUGCUUUAUGUACAUGAGAAAGAAAGCAAAGGAAAAUGAUUGCAUAUUUUUUGUUCUUUGUGCAAGGAACAAUGAAAAGAUGCUCUAUAUUUCAAUAAAGUUUGAAUUGGGGUACUUGCUUUGGCCUCUCAUUUUACUUCAACAA